GUACAAGGAAAACAAACAAAAACGGUUCAUAGUGGCAGUCGGUAAGGCCCUCUUUCAGAUUGCGUUAUAUUACGAAGAUGAGCAAAAAUGUUUGGGUGAAACUGAAGGAGUUCAAAUGCCCUUCGAAGCAUUGUACUUCAAAAAAGCCGUUAAAAUGGCGCUGCGCGAAGGAUGACCACUCUGUGUAUCUUUCCCAGCGAGGGAUUAUCAAAUGUGGAAGCAAAGGCGAUCAACAUCGAGGUGACCUAAGCCGCUGGGGAUGGAAUUGUGGGUCAGAAUACCACAAGGGGAAAUUCAACCGUGCUGAUUUUGAGGGAUUUACCUUUGCCGUCUCUCAGGCCGUACAACUAAUGGAUAAAAUGGGUAGCCAAUGGGUACAGGAACUAAUGGGUUCAAUCGGAAAGCAGUACGAGCGUUAAAACAGCCGAUAGAGCUCCCGAGAAUGUGCCGCAAUGAAUCUGUACCGAACAAACUUGGCAUGACUUUUUACUUUUUAUUUAAGAUUUUUAUCUUGAAUAAACAUUUUGGGACUAAAUGACAGGCGUCAUGGUAAGCUGGAAACAUGUGUACAAGUUGUACCAUCUAGUGUUUUACAUUUGUUUCUUUUAUACGUGUAUUUGCAAGUGUCAUUUAUAUGUUGCUGUUAUCCUUGCUUGAAGAAUAUUUUUCAUCUAAAGUUUAGAAAUUGAUUUCAAUACAUGAUAUCUUGCUUGUUUACUUAACCGCAUUUUCCAUUCUAUUUCAACAUUUUCAAUUAAAAUUUCCUUU